CUAGCGUCAGCUUGGCCGUAGGUUCGGCAACUACAGAAAUCUCGCCCUUGACCUCUUUGCCGUCCUGGACGGAAAGCGAGCCUUGUGUGCUCCUUGGAUACGGACGCGGCCCUUGUUGGGUUCCCACGGAUGUCUGCGAUUCGAGCUCAGACUACAUAGAGUAUGGGCCACGGUGUCCCCUGCCUGGCCAGGUUGUACCCCCACGGGCCUCCCAGUUCUGACUCGUGUGACAUGAGGGUCCUGAUCGGACAGACCUUACAGAACAUGAGACCUGGGUUUAAGAUCUACAGAUCCUAACUUGUCGGCCCUCCCGAAGGGGGAGGGUCCUACCUCAGUGGACUCUAUGGGAUACUAGAGUCUGGGCUGGAAUCCGCAGAAGAGGAGGUUUUUGACUUGUAGAACCUCUUGGAGAGACAAGACCAAAUAGGACAUGAGGGGUUGGGUUGAAGAACCCUUGUGGGAAGCGGGAUUCUGACUUUCACAUUCCCUUGGAGAGACGGCCUCCUCAUGAAUGGAACAUGAAAUUCUUGGCUGAGGUCUGCCGAGGGCGCGGAUCCUGAUUGAAUGGGAUCUUGGGGAAAAAUAGGGACCCUGAUUAGGCUAGUUCCACGGAGAAGGGUCAGUGUCCUAACUAAGCAACUUCACAAGGACAGGAAUCCCACUUGGGUGCGCUGGGUUCAGGGGCCAGACCCCCUUCUUGGCUGAGUUAAAUCAAGUUCUGGCGUGCCUGCAAUCGAGCGCCUUGAGCUCUGAGACGCUGGGCGGGCCACAUCGCCCCUCCUCUCCCGGGGGGCCGGGCGGGGGCGGUGCCUGGCAGCGGGGCUGGCUCAGUUGCUGGGGCGCAGUCGCCGGGCUGCCGGGCGCACGGGGCCAGGGCCCGGGGAGGCACCCGCCGACGCCAUGGACCUAAUAUCGGCGCUGAGCCUGAGCGAGCUAGCGCUCAGCUUCUCGCGGGUGCCGCUCUUCCCUGUUUUCGACCUCAGCUACUUUAUCGUCUCCAUCAUCUACCUGAAGUACGAGCCAGGAGCUGUGGAGCUGUCCCGGCGCCACCCGGUGGCAUCCUGGCUAUGUGCCAUGUUGCACUGUUUUGGGAGUUAUAUUCUGGCCGACCUGCUUCUCGGGGAGCCUGUCAUUGACUACUUCAGCAACAGCUCCAGUAUCCUGCUGGCCUCCGCAGUGUGGUACUUGAUUUUCUUCUGUCCCUUGGACCUCUUCUACAAGUGUGUCUGCUUCCUGCCUGUGAAACUCAUCUUUGUGGCCAUGAAGGAGGUGGUGAGGGUCCGAAAGAUUGCAGUGGGCAUCCAUCACGCGCACCACCACUACCACCAUGGGUGGUUCAUCAUGAUCGCCACCGGGUGGGUCAAAGGCUCUGGUGUCGCCCUCCUGUCCAACUUGGAGCAGCUGCUUCGAGGAGUCUGGAAGCCCGAGACCAAUGAGAUCCUGCACAUGUCCUUCCCCACCAAAGCCAGUCUGUAUGGAGCCAUCCUGUUCACCCUGCAGCAGACUCGCUGGCUCCCGGUGUCUAAGGCCAGCCUCAUCUUUGUUUUCACCAUGUUCAUGGUGUCAUGUAAGGUGUUCCUGACGGCCACACACUCCCACAGUUCUCCAUUUGAUGUCCUGGAGGGCUAUAUUUGCCCAGUGCUGUUUGGGGCAACUUGGGGAGGCGACCACCACCAUGACAACCAUGGAGCAGCACAUGGCAGUGGGCUGGGCGUGCAGCAUGUGGGCCUGGCUGCCAAGGCCAAGGAGGAGCUGAGUGAAGGCUCCAGGAAGAAAAAGACCAAGAAGGCGGAUUAGGGGGUGGCCCCAGGGGCCCAGGGGUGCUGUGGAGAAGGAUGUAGACUCAGGGAACCUCAGAGUUGGGGACAUUCAGGGUUCAGAGUACCCCUCCACUGGCCUCAACUUCCCCAUCUGCAAUUUGUAUGCAUCGGCAACUCCCAGGGCUGAUGCAGCACUGGAUGAGAGACAAGGGUGGAGGAGUUGGGGAGGAAUGAGAAGCCCUGAUCUUUUCCAGACCUCUCACAAUGUUGGAGCCUUCGGAGCACACAGUCCUGGCAGCACCCACAGCCAGAAGCCCUGGCUGGUACAGUCCUGGUUAAUAUUCUUUCUUCUGUUAAAUUAUAUCUUGUAACCAAAAGAAUUUAAAGCCAUGCGGAGGCUGAGUUGCCUUACCCGAGUUCCUCUCAAGAGCCAGGUGCUGGGGUUCCCAGGUCCUUUCCCAUUCAGGACCUCCCUAGAACUUUGUGACUCCUGCUGGGUCUCUAUGGGCAACUUGCCUCCUUUCUCUCAGCCUCUGUCUUCUCUCUGUAGCAUGGAGACCGCAGGUCCUCCUCUGCACAGAAGGGUCUUGAUAAUGUCAAACAGUUUCCUAAGCAGCAUGCUAUUGAGAGGGAGACCGAGGCCGAGGCAUGAAGGAUGGUGGCAGACUGCUUUGUAUGUUAAGCUGUCAUGUUUGGGCCCAGAGGGUCUCACCACUUACUUGGCUGAGCAGACACAUUCAGGGCAGGCUGCUAACAGGAGGGGGAGCUUGCAUUCCCAGCUGCCCACAGGCAAAGGAGGUGUGCAUGCAAGGCAGAGGAUCCCAGAGCUGGCUCAGUAUAGUCCUUCAGCCAUUCAACAAAUAUACAGAUCCACUCCUGCUCUCUGUACAGUGUUGUGCUACUCCUGGGGGGUAGCAGGCCUUGUACAGGGCAAGGACCAUGGUAGUCAGUCACCAGGAUGUCCGAGAGAAGUGAGUCCAUGUGAGGCACUGCUAGUCUGAGGCUUAUGUGAGGCUCAGGUCCAGUAGGAAUAUCUAGUGUUGCCCAAUUGUUGAGAAAAUGCCUUCUCACAGCAUUUCCUGGAGGUAGGGUAGGUCCUGAGGCUGGAAGCUCCCGGGUUUCAUUGUCUUGGUGUCAAUCAAAGCUCAGUGUGAAUGAUCAGCCAAUAAAUCUGGUACAAGUAAA